AUGAUCAGCGCUCUGAUUUUCUCAGCACUGCUGAGCUCCUCAGUGGCCAUAGGGGGUGAAGACCUGUUAAAUGCAGAGAGUGCAAAGAAUGACACAGGAGGUGGAAGUGGGAACAAGUGUACCUGUGAUGCUUUCCUUCCCAGUUCAACUUUUCCUACACGAGAUUUGGUGGUGGUAGAGCAGACAGCUGUGGAGAUCUCACGCAGGCUGGAGCUGGAGAUGGGCAAGCUGGAGGACUAUGAAACCAAGCUGACAGGGUACACAGAAAAGAUCAUAAAGUUGACAGCGAAAAUUGAAACAACGGAGAAGAACUCUGAUGAUUACAGUAAAGCCAACUUGAAUGACAUCAAAGUGCAGAUUAAACAAGUGGAGGCCUUGAUUAAGGAGCUGCAGCUCUCCAUUAAUGCUUCCACCACUGUCUUCAAAUCCUUGCGUGUACAGAUCACAGUCAUGGUGGAGACUCUGGAUAGGCUAGAGAAGACCUAUGAUAAGAAUCGGGUUCUCAUCACCCGCCGAGAAUACGUAAAGUUGCAGGUGCAGCUGGAAGAGUUCGAGAGACGCCACCAGGAGUUUUUCAGCCCCAACAUUGGCUCUUGUGCACAUACUGGUAUAAUCAAGGUCAGCAAACCCCUAGUGAGCCAGCUAAAUGCCCAUCUGAGCUCUCAAUACAAAUUUGGAGGUUGGGGUAAAGAUUCAAAGCCUCUUCCUGACAGAAAGUCUAUGUACUGGUACUCUGGGUACAAUAGCUAUUCAAUAAUUGACAUUAGAUUCUACAUUGACUACAAGAACCUCAUUUUGAGAAACCACUUUGAGCAUCACAACUUACACAGCAGCUGGUAUGGCACAGGGAACAAUUUUAUCAUGCAUGAAAACUGUCUGUAUUAUCAGAUAAACAGUCCUUUUGGGUUGGCCAAACUGAAUUUCACCACCAUGAAAUCUGAGUCUAGGGUGAUUGCCAAGGCAAGCAACAGAUUUUCUUACUCUAACUCCCCCAGUCAGAACUUUGACUUUUCUGCUGAUGAAACUGGCUUGUGGGUGACCUACGCAACAGAGGAAUCCAGCGGUCGGAUGGUCAUUGCUAAAAUAAAUGAGGCUUCCUUCGGGAUAGAGGAGGAAUGGCAGACCAGCGUUUAUAAGCCAGGUGUGAGCAAUGGCUUUAUGGUGUGUGGUGUUUUUUAUGCAGUCAGGACAGUUGACAUCCAAAUGGAAGAGAUAUUUUACAAGUAUGAUACUAAAACCGAAAAGGAGAGCUACAUUAGUGUUCCCUUUGAGAGGUUUCAGGAUAAGUAUUCCAACCUGGAUUACAAUCCCACUGACCAGAAGCUCUACAUGUACAAUGACGGCUACUAUGUGAACUACCACCUCUGGUUUAACCACACAGCUAAAGCAACUGUGCAGCCACCAACAUUUCUUGUGACAUGA